UCGACGGUUGGAUGCGGCUCGUCGGAGACGAGCACUUCGUUCAGUUCAAACGGCUUUCCGAACGAAACCAUCCGGAAUCGGGGGUUGGUGAUGCGUUGAAGGGACUCGCCCGUUUCGCCGGUUCCUCGAAAGGAAACCAAAGACCAGCCCGAUAGGAACAUACGUAAGAUGAACAACCGGCCGCCCUCCAUUCCCUUUUCCGUCAUACGCGAACUAAGAUGUGGAAAUUGCCGAAACGCCAUCAGCUGCGCCCCGGUUAUCGUUCUCUCCCACGAAGUCGUCCUGUGCGGAAGAUGCCACAAAGUCACCAAAAACGGUUACCGCAACCACGCCUUCGAAGCCCUCGCCUCCAUAUUCCUCUACCCCUGCCGAUACUGGAGCAACCACUGCCCGCGCAUCCUCCAAUGGAACGAAUGCUUCGACCACGAGGAACGAUGCUCCUACAGCUCCGGCUGCGGCCUCUUCUUCAAGCACCCCAAGGCGUUCGUCAAAGGCGCCCGAGACAUGCCCUUCGAUGACGUCCGGCUGAUACCCGUCCCGGAGACGCUCUUCGACCAAAUCAAGUGCGUCCAGUGCGAGAGCUACCUCUCCUGCGAGCCGGUGCACAUCCGCCCCGACGGCCGCAACCUCUGCCACCGGUGCUACAGCUCCAACGGCGCGCCGGGCGAGUGCCUGCGCAACGUCGCCUACGAGAUGGUCUCCAACAUCCUGGUGUUCCCGUGCGUGUACCGGAACCGCGGCUGCCCCACUCGGCUGAAAUUCGGAAGGGAUCUCUGGCACCACGAGAGCGAGUGCUCCUACAACCAGAUGUACAGGAAGCCGGAGAGGAAUGCAUCGAAGAAGGAGCGCGGCGUUAUACAGACCCAUUCCGGACACUAUUACGGUACUAUAACGCCGUAUUCGGCGCCGUUUGCGCCGCCAUCCACUAAUUCCGAGUUCGACAUCAACAAAGAGCUGGUGAAGUCGCUGAAGAAGCAACAGGAGAGGAAGAUGAUGAAAGCCGAAGAGAUCAAUUCCGCUAUAUUGGACAAUUCCUCCGUAGAAAACAAGAGCUCGUCGAGCGAAUACAGCACGAGAUCGGACGAGCCGCAGACGCCGCGAAGCGCCUACUCCGACAACUUCGCCUACACCAACGGCGUCCGCGACGAUCCGGAGGCCGAUUCCGGGGGCGGCGAGCCGCCGCCGGCGAGCCGCAGGGGCAGCAACGACGGCGAGCGGCACCUCUCGCGCGCCAAUUCCUACAUCUACGAGCCGGUGUUGUACAAGGGCCAGAAGUCGCCGCUGCAGGAUUUGGACUACAACCUGCUCGCCGGGCAUUAUCCGGUUUUUUUGAAUCCCUACGGGCAGGGAAUUAUCCCCAAGCCGUCCUUCAGGAGCGCCGUCAGAACUGACAGCUUUCUGAACAACAAGGAGCUGAUCAACGAGCUGAGAUUGAAGCAGCAAUUGAAGGCGAGGAGCGCCGAGAAAAGGGACGCCGAUAAUAGUCCGUACAAGGAGUGCAAUAAUUUAGAGGAGAUUUUGCAAGCGCAUAACAAUAUUGGGUAAUUUCAAACGAUUUAUACAGGGUGUCCCAAAAUCGACGUCAGAAAACAAGGGCACCCUCUACAAGCUUCUGUUCUCAAUCAGUAUUUGAAUGGGAACAAACAAUCCCUAUUUAUUCACUUUGUAAUGGUAAUUUAUGAUUAAUACAUUGAUAUUUAAUAAUUAGUAUUGUUUACUUGUAAAAUAUAAUAAUUUUUUCCACGUCGUUUAG